CUCGUCUACUCAUCCUCGACUUCCGGAAUUUCCUCCCAGUCCACCUUUUCCCCUCUUCUUUCCUCCAAUGCAGCCCCUUGCCCCCGCCCCGUCGGCGCGUGAGGGCGGGCGAGGGUAUCUGACGCCACCCACCAACAUGUCGCUGCCCCCACAGCGCAAAGCCUCGAUGGCGUGUGGUGAGUGUAAGCGACUCAAAUCCAAGUGUCGCGUGCGCGACGGGGCCACCUCCUGCGACCGGUGUACCAAGCAGAAGCUGCAAUGUAUAUUCGACCUCGAUGACGAUGGCCGCCGGCGAUUGGCCCACAAGCGCAAGAUCGAAAGACUCGAGGAGGAGCGCGAUCUUCUGCUGCAGGUCGUCCACUCGCUGCGCGACAGUUCGGACGCCAAGGCCGCCCAGUUGUUGAAUCUCGUGCGCAGCAAAGCCCCGCUGGGCGAGCUCAAGCUCUACAUGGACCAGGAUGUGACCGAGGAGGAUCGAUAUGAACUCCUGUAUGCGGCCAAUAAGAAGGUCUCUCUCCACCGAGCCAUGGACAUCAACCGCUUGGUCGACAUCCCCGUGUACCGGGUACCCGCCGCGCCCUGGACCUCCGUCACCACCUCCGACGAUCUGGUAUCGCAUCUUGUCUCUCUCUGGUUCACCUGGAGUCACCCCUUUUACAACUGGGUGGAUCGCGACCUGUUCCUUCGGGAUGCCCGAUCAGGCAAGCUCGACUCGCCAUUUUGCUCCCCGUUCCUGUUCAACUGCAUUCUCGCAGAAGCCUGUUUCCAUUCCGAGUAUCCGGAAGCUUACGCCGAUCCUGAUGAUCCUAACUCGAAGGGGACGCAUUUCUACGAGGAGGCCCGACGACACUAUGAGAAGGUAGAAGGGCAGCUGGAUGUGCCCACCCUCCAAGGGUCUGGGGUGAUGUAUGUGUGUAUGGCAGCCAUGGGGAAGGACCGUGUGGGAUGGUGGUAUCUGAGCCAGAUCAACGAUAUGGCCCAGGAGUACUCAAAAAGACACCGACCACCGUCGGUGGAGACCCGGGAGAGCCGCGCGGUGAACAAUACUAUAUGGGGCCUCUAUUGCCUCACAGCGACUGCAUCGAUCGGAUACAUGAAAUACUUGGCCAUCGAGCAGCCAGAGAGGCCCCUUCUUUCAUGCGAUCACGCCGAGGAUGAUACCUGGUCACCCUACCCUCAGCCACAGGCUACCCCACUGCAGUCGCAUAUCCCGUGUGUCUUCAACAAUUGGUGUGAGCUGAGCAAAAUCAACAUGGAUAUCAACAAAUCGAUAUUUGGGACCGGGUCAGUACUGCCACGAGGCGACUUGCACCGGACUUUGCAAGAGGUGCAACCAAGGCUGGACGAUUGGAGAGCGCAACUACCGGAAUGCCUGACCCUCGAAAAUAGUUCUGUCCCGCAGGCGUUUAGCUUGCACUUCUUCUACCACACCCUCAUCAUCAUGCUCUGGGGCCUCCUGAAGGGGGAAGCCAACCCUGAUGAUGCCGACGAAGACGACGACGACGAGAGCGACCGCGCCGCCACCGCCGCGACCGCGCGGGGGCUCUGCGUGGACUCGGCGCUGGCCAUCGUGCGCCUCCUGCGCAUCCAUCGCACGCGCUGGGGGAUCGACUACAUCCACCCGACCACCAUCCACUGGGUGAGCAUGGCGCUGUUCACGCUCCUCGAGGUGCUGGACCACCCGGUCCCGGAGUACAAGACCUCGUUCACCGAGCUCUGCGUCUGCGCCCGCGCCCUUUCCCGGAAAUGGAUCCUGAUGAAGGGGAUCCUGCGCAUGAUCCAGGUCUCGGCGCAGAAGAACAGCGUCGUGCUGCCGCCCGAGACCGACGCCCUCUUCACCGAGUUCGAGCAGGUGAUGUGGGAGUCCAAGGACCGCGAGCGGUUCAAGAGUCUGUACCCGAACCCGAAUUCCUUGUCUAAGACGGCUGGUGACCGGUCGCAGCUGGAUGACGCCGAACUGGAUAGUUUUUUAGAGAAGUGGGAUACCCUCCACGUUGAUGAGGAUGGCGAGCGGGAGGAGUCGGCCGAUAGUGAGCAGGUCUAGUGCGAGGGGGGAGGGGAGGGUAUCCAGACGUUCUUACUGCCUCGAGUGAUAGGUGAAACAGACCAGAAAUCGAACAAAAUGGCUACGGUGGCUCGUCUGUGUUGAUACACGGGACACAGAAACACCCAUUCUGCCAAGCUUUGGAAAGAGAUUCAUAUGAAUAUCCAUGUGGGGAGCUGAUCCCAUUUCUGUAGUGUCCUGGCAUCUAGCCUCAAUAUCUUUCUAUCGAAACGACUGAUUGGAUGCAGGGUCCAUAAACUUGUACCAUUAUGAGAUCAUGUUCACAUGCUCAGCAGAUACAAGGUGUCCUUUACAUCGCAUCGCACCCAUGGGACGCAAUGCACGCAUUCUGUCAUUGCACAUGCAGUGAGUGACAUUCAUGUGACGAAGAGGGUUGUGAACUCUUAUAUACAAUGAUGCUAGAUAGCUCCUCAUUUUGAAUCCCCC